AAUCAAUUGCAGGCCCAACAGCCCAGACCACAGAGCACAGAGCAGUCGCACCACCGAUCCACAGAUCCACUGAUCCACCGAUCCAACAAUCCAACGAUCCACGCAAUUGUUGCAGCCGAUAUCUUAGCUUCUUUUUUUUGGGCUGUUUACCUUUUUGGCAGCCAAAAACGCCGCACCCACACACACACACACUCUCCCAGUCCCGCUCACACCCACACGCUCCAGAGAGAGAGACAGCAUGAGGCAGCCGAGCAGACAUCAAAUCGUGGCGCUCGUCCUCUGCAGCGCCGUCUGCCUGAUUAGCGCCGUCCCGCUCCCACAGCCCGCCGGCAACCAGGAACUCGAUGUCCUGCAAAUUCCGCUAGCCAAUGGCAAGGAAAUCGAUGUCUUGACAUUGGGCGCCAAAGACCAAGAAACAUUGAUAGCCGAUCGCAACAAACGAACGAUUGGACUGCUGCGCGAACUGUUCCCCGAUAUUACCAAGAAUGGAGCUACCGAUACCCAGAUCGACUUGUCAGCCAUCAACAAACAAUUGGAGGAGACGAUCCGAGUGGCCCGUCAGGUGAAGGAGGCGGAAGCAGCCGCCGCCGCCGUGGCCGCCCAAUCCCUGUCACCAACCUCCGCAUCCUCCGCCUCCUCGCCGAUCGCCCAGGCGCCCAUUCCCCUGAAAUCCAACGAACCCAUCCAGCUGAGCUUCAACAACGAACUGCCCAGCGUAUCGCCCUCCGCCGGCGUGGAUGUGAAGGCGCUGAGCACCAACGAUUUGCAGCUAUCCGAGUCCAAGUCGCCGGCGAUCGAUGAGCUGACCCUCGACUCUGCGGAGGAGACCGCCGAACUGGAUGAUCGCAACAAGAGUAAUCUGUUCAAAAGGUUCCUCAGCUUCGGCGGUGCGGGUCUGGCCGGUGGCUCAAGCGGCGGUGGUGCAGGUGGAGCGCCUAGUGGAAAUGCCCUGGGUGGAGGCUCUGGCAAUUUCCUGCUGGAUGUUGUAAGGCUCUUCUCGGGCAGCGUUCAGACCCAGCAGGGCGAUGAGGCGGCCAACUCGGUGGGGGGUGGUGCCAGCAGUGGCAGCAGCGGAGGCAGUUUGGGCGGGGACGCUGAUGCGGAUGGCGAUAGCACCCGCAAUGCCGACGGCUACACCGAGGGCAUUCCCGGCCCAGUCACGCGCCUCGUCGUGCUGGCCAACCGCGGUCUGGCCAAUCUCGUCCAGGACUUGAUACUGCGCGUUGCGGCCACCAGCGAGAAGUUCGUGAACUUCAAGGCCAAGCUGAUAACGGCGCUGAUCUAAGGUCAAGGGUCAGCAUCAGCACCGAUCGGCCACGCCCUCGCCCGAAUUAGUCAAGUCACCAACCUGUACAGAGUCAAAUGCAACAGAUCACCCUCUCUCUAUCUCGCUCCCUCACCCACCCCCGACUGUCUCUAUCUCCCUCUGUCCCGCCCCCAAAACCCACACCCACACACACACGCCUACUCACUCACACGGAGACAAUUUUGUUGAGCAUCAAUUCGAUCGAAGAAAUUUCCCGGCCAAUGUCAACAUAUAUUUUUUUUUAAAUUUUUAGCAAAAUUUUUUAUAACAAAAACGUAUUUAGUUCAAGUAGCUAAACAAAAAA